UGUAGUUCUUCAAGAAGGAGUUCUAUUCUGCAGUUUUACCAAAAUAUGUAUUUUAAUGUUUUUUACCAUUGCACUGUGCUACAUUUUUGAAAUGGGAACUGAUAGAAGCAAUUUUUCAAUUUGACGUGUCUUGCCGUAUUGUGUUAACGCGGCAGCUCGAGCCAAUUAGACGCAUAUUUAGAAUACAUUUAUAUGAAAUAAAUAAUGAUAUUAACAAAAUCUGAUUCAUACAAGUAAUACGAAUAUUCAAAGUCAAAAAGAGGUAUUUUGUUGUAAUAAAUAUUUGAGGAAUAUUGAAAAAUUACUUAUACUUCUUACAGCAAUGACUUCAAAUUGGGAAGAGUUUUAUACAAAACAAAAACCACCAUCAGAUUUGUUAGAAAAUGAACAUUUAUUAAACAAUUUUGCUGCACAUCAUUUGAAGGAGAAUAACAAAGUAGUCUUAGUAACGAGUGGUGGUACCACGGUUCCAUUAGAGCACAAUACAGUACGUUUUGUAGAUAAUUUUAGUGCUGGAACUAGAGGAUCUGUUUCAGCUGAAUAUUUCUUGGAGAACGGCUAUGCUGUAAUUUUUAUGUAUAGAGUGAAAUCUUUAGAACCAUUUUCAAGACAUUUUACUGCGCAGAAGUUUUUAGAUAUGCUUGAUUUAAAGGAGGUUGAUGGAAAACCGUCUAUUGCAGUAUCUUCAGAAUAUACAAAUAGUGUGGCAAAGGUAUUACGUAAAUACAAGGCAGCACUAGCUAACGGAAAAUUGCUUCAAAUUAGUUUCACUACUCUUUCUGAUUAUUUGUGGUUACUUCGUUCUGCUUGUCAAGCUUUAACAAUUCUGAAACAACAAGCUAUUUUGUAUUUAGCUGCUGCUGUUUCUGACUUUUAUAUUCCAUCGAAUGAAAUGUCUGUACAUAAAAUUUCAUCGACGGGGCCACCAACAAUAUCUUUGCAUUUAGUACCAAAAAUAUUGGAACCCUUAGUAAACUUAUGGAUUCCUGAAGCAUUUGUUGUAUCUUUUAAAUUAGAAACUGAUGAAAAACUGUUAAUACCUAAAGCAAGGGAUGCUCUGAAGAAAUAUAAACACAAUCUGGUGAUUGGAAAUAUGCUGCAAAAUCGAAAACAAGAAGUCACCAUUAUUAGCGCAGAAAACAAUUAUGUAUUAUUGUUAACAAAUGAACAAAUUGCAAAAGGUGACGAAAUUGAACGUUUAAUCGUGUCUGAUCUUAUUGAGAAGCACAAGAAUUUUAUUGCAUUAGCGGCAUCUCGCAUUUAAUGUACAGAAUUUAUAGAAUAAGAAUAAAGGUUAUAGAAUGUAAUUACACGUUGGACAUUUCUCCACGUACAAAGUGACUAUCAAUGUUAAUCAUCAAAUAUGAACAACAUUCACUUUAUGAUUUUUUAGAUUUGUAGAAUAUUCUUGUUAUCUUACGAAUGUAAAUGUUAUAAUUAUUGUGUACACUUUGAUGUCCUUGGAUCUUAUAAAAUAUAUUUUUAUUUUUUGUC